AUGACCGCGUACGGGAAGGUCGACUACUGGGACGAGAGAUACAGAAGGGACGUCGAACCCUUUGAUUGGUUCCAGAGAUAUGCAGGCUUGAAACCAAUUCUCCUGGAGGCGGGACUCGAGCCGUCCUCGAGGAUUCUCGUCCUCGGAUGCGGAACAUCCCGCGUGAGCGAGGAGAUGUACGCAGACGGCUACAAGAAUAUUGUGAAUGUCGACUACUCCAGCGUGUGCAUCAGCCACAUGCAGCGCAGAUGCGCUGACAAGGAAGAAAUGACGUUUUUACAGAUGAACGCGCUGGACAUGAAGGACUUUCAAGUUGGCAAUUUCGACCUCGUUUUCGACAAAGGCACCAUGGACUGCGUUCUUUGCGGGGACAAUUCCUUUGACAACGUCCAGAAGAUGCUCCGGGAAGUCGCUCGCGUUUUGGCACCCGGAGGCGUGUACAUUGUCGUGUCUUACGGCCAACCCAACUUUCGGCUCUCGCAUCUCCAGAGGGAAGAAUACGGGUGGACGGUGACGAUGAAGACGAUCCAGAAGCCAAGCAUCAACGUGCAGGCUCCAAUUGACGAAAAGGACAACGUCCAUUACGUGUACAUCUGCAAGAAAGCAGCGGGCGAACCCGCACAUCCCCCCGCACAGAUGUCCCCGGAUGCAACCAAAGGUUCCCCGACGAACUGA